GUGUGUCGGACAAGGUUCAGGUGUGUCCUGUCUAAUACAAAUUGUCAAUUGGCGAUCUCCACCUCCCGUGUGUGGGCUCGGUGAAUUGGAACCUGUGAGAGGCGUGGGCUUUUCACUAGGUGGCAGUUUCAGUUCACACCAGUCCGUAGCGAGGCAAGGGAGCUUCAUUUUGUUGUUUAACCUGUGUGUCCCACCCCCACCCCCUCCUUCGCAUGCCGAGUUAUUUUCAAACUCGCUCGCUUUUCAUUCCGGCUCGUUACCCGUUUGCAGAAAUAAAUCAUCAGCUUUAAGUGUCGACUCUGCAGCAACAGGUCGGUGAACAGGAUGGCUUCUGUCUUUUACAAGUGGCUGUGGCACCAUGAAUACUGGCUCCCGCCAGGAAUCACAUGGGAUGAUCUGGAAAGUUCUGAACAUGCCCUAUAUCCUCAACCUCGUGACCUUCUCAUUGCCAUUCCAUACGCAGUUGUGUUUGUCAUUCUCCGAUUCCUCUAUGAAAGGUGGAUUGCUGUACCUCUGAGCAAGCACAUGGGCGUAAAGGAGAAAAUAAGAAGAAAAGUGCCCCCAAAGCCUGCCCUGGAGAAGGUUUAUACAACAAAGAAUACUUGUCCGAAAGAGCAUGAUCUUCUUGCUCUUGCCAAACAGUGUGGCAUUUCAAUUCAAGAGGUGAAGGUAUGGUUUCGGAACCGAAGGAAUCAGGACAGACCCAGCAUCACGCAGAGAUUCUGUGAGGCCAGUUGGAGAUUUGCAUUUUACCUGCUUGCUUUUAUCCAUGGGCUUUGUGUGCUGCUUGAUAAACCCUGGUUCUGGAAUCAACAGGAGUGUUGGAAAGGAUAUCCUCGGCAAGUGUUGAUGCCCUCCCAGUAUUGGUACUAUAUGAUAGAAAUGGCUUUCUACUGGUCUCUGCUCUUAAGAGUCUCGUUGGAUGUAAAGAGGAAGGACUUUAAGGAGCAGAUGAUCCACCACGUUGCCACCAUCUUUCUCAUUGGCUUUUCCUACAGUGCCAAUUACAUCCGGGUGGGAACCAUAAUCAUGUUGGUCCAUGACGCAUCCGAUUAUAUAAUGGAGUGCGCAAAAAUGUUCAACUAUGCAGGAUGGCGAAGGACCUGUGACGGGCUGUUUGUGGUCUUUGCGUUGGUAUUUAUUAUAACACGACUUGUCAUCUUUCCAGUAGUGGUCAUGAACACCACAUUGUACUACUCCAUGGAGAUUUUCCAGCCUUUCUUUGGUUAUUACUUGUUCAACCUUCUCUUGGUGGUUCUGCAAGUUCUGCACAUAUUUUGGGCCUAUCUCAUCCUAAGAAUGGCAGUAAAAUUUGUGUUUGCUGGAAAGGUUGAGAAGGAUGAACGGAGUGAUGCUGAUGAAAGUGAUGGGACUGAAGAGGAUGGAAGGAUGGAAUCAAAAUCUAUGUCAUCUCCCAAUCACAAUGGUGUACUAAAUAAAAUAACAAAUGGGAUGAAAAGCAAAUCGAAUGAAAGGAACAGGUUGCCCAAAGCUAGGUAGCUGGGGGAUAUAUACAUCUAAGGACGGAUUUAGUGCUAGGUAUUACUGAAAGAAAAUCCGUUCUUUCACCAAUUAUACCAUCGACCACCUGUUCUGACACUCUCCCAUUAAGGAAACUACACUUUCUCUCAACUAUAGAAACAAUAAUUAAACACCAAAGGACUAUGGUUCUUGGUCAAAUCUCACAUCUUCAACUUCAAGUGUUUUGAUGUGGAUAUGGGUGGAUUGUUUAAUGCAUUAUUAUUGAUUUACAUAUCGCCUUCAUGUUAUUGAAGAAUUCUGGAAUGGAUUUGGGUAAUCGUCUUUGAUAUUGAAAUGCAACCUGACGUUAAACAAAAUGCAUUUGGAUCUACCUGUGGAGCUGUCUAGUUUUCUCUGCUUGCAUGUUUUGCCAUCAGUUCCCUAGGACUUGGUGAAUACAAGUUGGCGCCCAUCGUUGUUCUUAAUUGGUUCCUCGAUGCCCAAAGUGACAUGACCCAUAAGUCCAGAGGCUGUUGCAAGGAGUAUUGUGGAAGAGUAUGAAAGCAAUCCAGAUCCCAAUGCAAACUGUGAUUUCUGAGUUAGUGCUUAAUCUUUGUAAUAUUAAUAUUACAUUUUAUGUUUUUAUUUGGAGGCAGUAUUGUGUGCUUUUGUGUGGUUGUUUGGUCUACAAUGAAUUGCAAAUUCUGUUGAGUAUUGUGGGCACAAUAUCAAAAUGGAUUUGAGUCCAAUUUUGGAUUUAAUGCAUUUACUGUAUAUUUCAACAAGUUGCUAUGAAGCAGCUUAUGUAUAAGAUGGUCCAAGUACUGCAAUUUAUGUUCUUGUUGCAGUGAGCUUUUUAUUGCAACAUUUGAAUGAAAAAGGGAUGUACUUCAUCUAUAUUUAUAGAUCCACCUCUACCCUGUUCUUUCAAGGUUUGUAUGCAUUCUAUAGCAUUUCUUUUCAAAUGGUUCACCCUGGGUAGGACCAUUUGGAGCCAAGUUUAUAUUUUUAACAAGAUUUAACUCAACAAAUGGUUAUUGUUGGAAUAUAGAUUUUCAGUGCUUUUUUUUAGUUUAAGACUGAAGUGAUGUUAGAUUACUCAGAAUUGAAUAGGGGCAGCAACAAUAAUUGUUCCUGUUGGUGAAAAAAUCCAAACACACAAGACCGCCAGGUAAAUGAGAUUAACCUUGGAUUUACCUCCUAUGAUAAAGAUUUGGUCUAAUCUGAGAGUUUUAGAUGGAAAAAUACUUAAAAUGUUGACCACAUAUGUGUGUAAGCGAGUUAUGCUCAAAGCCAAUUGGCCUAAAGGAUUUGCACUGUAAAGCAUUCAAGACAUGUUAACUAUAUGACCAAUUUUAUAAUUCUUGAGUACAGUCUGAAUUCUGAAGGGUAGAAAACUUUUUUGCAGGAGCGUUUUAAUUCGCUUUUGUAACUGUAAACAUUGCAGGGUAUGCGACCACACAAAAACAGAUGAAGUCAUCCCAUUGACUUUCUUGCUUUGCGUUUAAGUUGCUAAUGCACCUUUUAGACAUACUAAGACUGAGUGACUUUGUUGUACAGAUGAUAGUCUUAGUUGCACCAUCCAAGUGUACACGUCUCUGUAAAUGCACGUCCUUGAUUAAGUGUCCAAACCGAUCACACACUGAAUGCCUGAUUCUGCUCCGUGUAAAGUUUAAUUCGGGUUUUUGUUUUGAAAUAAUGUAAGUUCUGAAUAAAUCUAUUUUAAAUUAUU